AUGCACAGGCUAUCAUAAAACUCCCACGGGCGUACGUCCAUAUAUUUAACGUCACAGGGAGACUGGUCUUCAGGGAGUGCAGACAACUCAGCGCCUCAAAUCGGUCACGCCUGUACGUUUCUGGAGGAGGGCCAGUGUUCUGAAAAAUGACGGAACGAUCCAAUCACGUCAACAUCGCCAUGACAGAGGGCAGUCGCUCCAAUGGGGCUUCCAAGGGUCAGGGAGGCACGAUGAACUCUCCGCACGGCUCCACCGUCAGCUUCCACAACAUCCAGUACAGUGUGGAACUCAAGAGCGGGCCCUUGUGCAAAAGGAAGGUCACUACUAAAGAAAUCUUGGUAGACUUGAAUGGGAUCAUGAAACCAGGACUGAAUGCUAUUUUGGGAGCAACAGGAAGUGGAAAGUCCUCGUUCCUGGACGUCCUGGCAGCCAGGAAAGACCCUGCUGGACUGUCUGGAGAAGUACUGAUUGAUGGGGCCCCACAGCCACCAAACUUCAAGUGCCUUUCUGGCUACGUUGUCCAGGAUGACGUCGUGAUGGGAACUCUGACAGUGAGGGAGAACUUCCGCUUUUCGGCCGCCCUGCGGCUGCCCACCUCAGUGAGCGAGCAGGAGAAGGAGGAGAGGGUGAACCAGCUCAUUAAACAGCUGGGUCUCACCAAAGUGGCUGACGCAAAGGUUGGAACCCAGAUGAUCAGGGGAAUUUCUGGGGGUGAGCGAAAAAGGACCAAUAUUGGCAUGGAGCUCAUCAUUGAUCCCUCUGUGCUUUUCCUUGAUGAACCAACCACUGGGCUUGAUGCCAGCACCGCUAAUUCUGUUCUUCUGCUGCUGAAGAGAAUGGCCAGUCAUGGACGUACCAUUAUCAUGUCCAUACACCAGCCCAGAUACUCCAUAUACCGCCUGUUUGACAGCCUCACCCUUCUGGUCAGCGGAAAGCAGGUUUUCCAUGGGCCUGCCGAGGAAACUCUAGAUUACUUUGCUAACAUUGGUUAUGCCUGUGAAGCCCAUAACAACCCAGCUGACUUCUUUCUCGAUGUUAUCAAUGGAGAUUCAACAGCAGUUGCAUUGUCCAAAAUUCAGAACACAGAAGACCCAGACUUUGAGGAGAGCAGCAGCUCCAGGCAGAGUAUUGAGGAGCGUCUGGUGGAGGAGUACAGGAAGAGUACAUACCACAGAGACACCCAAGCUGCUCUGGAGAAGAUCCUCAAGGGCAAGCAGUGUGCCACCCGGCCCAAGUCGCGCACCAUCACCUACAACACCUCCUUCACUCACCAGUUCAAGUGGGUGCUGAAGAGAACUUUCCGGAACCUGCUGCUAAACCCCCAGACUUCUAUUGCUCAGGUGGCAGUGACACUCUUCCUGGCCCUCAUAGUGGGAGCGAUAUUUUUUGGCGUCAAAGCUGACCAAAGUGGAAUACAGAACCGGAUGGGAGCUCUGUUCUUCAUCACCACCAACCAGUGCUUUGGGUCUCUGUCUGCUGCUGAACUCUUCAUCACAGAAAGGAAACUCUUUGUGCAUGAGUAUAUCAGUGGCUACUACAGGGUAUCGGUAUAUUUCCUCUCAAAGAUCUUGUCUGACAUCAUCACCCUUCGAACCAUUCCUGCCAUAGUCUUCAGCUGCGUGGCUUACUUCAUGAUCGGGUUUAAGGCCGCAGUCUCGUCGUUCUUCAUCUUCAUGCUGUCGGUGGCCCUGGUGGCGUACACUGCCACUGCCAUGACGAUGGCCAUCUCUGCUGACCAGACGGUUGUGGCCGUGGCCAACAUCUUCAUGACCAUCAGCUUUGUGUUCAUGAUGAUCUUCUCAGGCCUCCUGGUGAACCUGCCCAGCAUUAUGGACUGGCUUGCCUGGUUUCAGUACUUAAGUAUCCCUCGCUAUGGCCUGACUGCUCUUCAGAUCAAUGAAUUUGUUGGGCUGACUUUCUGUGACACCUUGCCGACUCGUCCCACCUCUUUCCCUGGACUGGACAUCUGCAACAUCACCUUCCCAGGCGUGACGUGCACAGGUGAGCAGUUUUUGGAAAACCAAGGAAUCACGUACACAACAUGGGGGCUGUGGCAGAACCAUGUUGCCCUGGUGAUAAUGACGCUCAUUUUCCUGACCAUCGCCUAUUUGAAGCUGCGCUUUAUUAAGAAGUUCACAUAG